AUGCGAUUCUUUAGCCUCGUUCUCCUCGCCAGCUCCAUUGGUGUUGGUUGCGCAGCUCCUGAUGUCAAAUCAAGAUGCAAUUGGCCCGGAUGGACUUUAAUUGACAGCAAUCCCGAUACUGAUCAUGUUGCUCUGGAUGGUGAUAAAAUCUACCAGUAUCGACGCAAUACUGGCCAGAUUUUGCGCUACAACGACGGCAAUGCCACGUGGACUCUCCUAGACGAAGACAAAGCCAAUGACUCGAUAGACGCGGGCGGCGGCUGCCUUGCCAAAAUCACCAAUAAGGGAGAAAUCUCGGCAUUUCCCGGUCCCAACAACACCUGGAGAAAGAUGACCGGCCCUGCGGCCGCUGGCAACCAUCCCUAUUUCAUCGCCAAUGCGGAUGGCCUCUACGUCAUUCAGAAAGAGGGCUCCAUCUGGUUCUGGAACGGCUUCGACUACAUCCUCAAAGACUUCUGGAAGAGCAACUGUGGCUUCUUUGGACGCCUCAUUGUGCGUGAUGACGAUGGCACUGCUUGGCGAUAUGUCGGCCCUGGCGUCAAGUGGGAGCAGAUUGAUAGCAGCGGCCAAGUCUUUGGGAUUGCCGCCGAUCCGGUCACCGAGACCAACAUCAUCCAGAAGCGUCCUGAUAGGAACGUGUACCUGUACGGCGGAGCACCGAACAAGUGGACACUGAUUGACGACAAGAAGAACACUCGCGACGCGCAAAUUGGUCCCAGUGGCACCUAUGUUGUCAAGGAUGACGCUGGUAUCUGGCAGUAUACUGGCACGCCGCUGACGGGGUGGAAGCAGAUUGAUGGUAACCCUAACACGAGUCGUAUCUUUGCCGGGGGCCGGUAUCUGAUUCAGCUUCAUGAGGAUGGCAAGCUUUGGAUUUAUAAGCCAUAG